AUGGACCUCCGCCAUGUGUCAUCACGGGAGCUGGCAGGCCAAGAGCUCAAGGGCUACGACAAGCGCAAGAUCAUUUACGAAAACCUGAGCCCCGAAGAUGCGAUCGAAUUAGACAAGUCUGGCAAGGUUGACGGAGCCGUUAUUGUUGAUCUCUCCGCCGACUACCGUUUCGAUGCCUCGUGGACGUACGCUUUACCGGAGCUUACCAAGCGAUCCGCGAUUUGCCAGAGUACUCGGAUUUCAAACCCUGGCUGUUAUGCGACGGGCUUCCGGCUCACCUUGGCACCCAUGCUUGAACACCUAGGAGGUGUGCCCUGUAUAUUUGGUGUAUCGGGGAACUCUGGCGCAGGCACUCGACCUAGCCCGAAUAACGAUCUUAACAGACUGAAGGACAACUUGGUACCAUAUUCGUUGAUAGGCCAUAUUUACGAGCGAGAAAUUAGUCGGCACCUUGGCACUCCGGUUGCUUUUAUCCCACAUGUCGCUUCCUGGUUUAGGGGCAUUUACCUUACCAUCAACAUUCCCCUGAAUAAAACCAUGACCUCGCGCGAUAUCCGCUAUAUCUACUAG